AUGAUGGGCACAAAGCUACUGCUGUCCCCAACAGCAGGCAGCGAUACACAACACCAAUCAACACUCGCUUCCCUCACAGGGCCCCCAGACCUCGAUCCCGCCCUCCUCGCGCUCGCCGCAUCUCACGCCAGCACACAGCCGACACCCAUCGACCCGGCCCUCUUUGCCAUCGAGCAAGUGGUAAACGAUGUCAACGGUGGCCGCAUCGCACCAGAAGACAUCGGUAUGGGCCUCGUCACUGCCCAACGCGAACCUGAACGCGACGAGCAGCAGCCCGAGCCAGAGCCUGAACCCGAACCCGAGCUGCCCCAACCUCAGCCGCAGCCCCACCAUGUGGCCCUCGACCAUACCGACGUAAACAUCGACAUUGGUCACGUCAGCAGUGUCGAGGUCGCAGACCCCAACCACAUCCCGCUCGAUGAUGAUGGGAUUGACCCGGCUCUCCGUGAGAUUGUCAACAGUCUGACAAACGCGCAACAAUCCCACCACCCCAACCUCUCUGGCGACAAUGACGAACGCGAGCGUCUUGACCGCGAGCGACUGCAGCACACGCUCCAAACCACACUCGAGGACUUUGCCCAGGGCGGUUUCGGAUCCUAUGGGGCCAUAUUCAACACCAAUUUUCCCCAAUCCCCCAACAACCACAACCUCAUCCUUCCUCUCGGUGCCGAGGCCGAGGCGCACACCCACGGCGGAGCAUUGGGCCACAACCACAACCAGUCUGAUAGCGGCAGUGUGGGUGGUGGCGGCGGCGGCGAAUCCAGUGUCCCCGCCAAGCGCGGCCGUGGCCGUCCCAGGGGAUCCAAGAACAAGCCCAAGCCAGGUCUUCCUCCGCCAGAACCUGCCCCGCCUGUCGCCCGUCGUCCCAAGGGUCGUCCACCAAAGGUGCGCACCGAAGAGGAGCUGGCCGAGAUAGAACGCCGGAAGGAAGAGAAGGCUCUCGGCAUCAAGCGCAAGCGCGGCCGCCCCAGAAAGUUCCCCGAGCUCGGCCUCGUGCGCGAGAUGCGUCUCAAGAAGAACCGCGAAGCCGUCCAGGAGAAGAUCCGCGUGCUCGAGGAACGCGCCAGGCUUGCCGGUACCGAUCUCGACGAGCACGGCCACUCCCAGCUGGCCGGGGACGACGGUACACACAUGGACGUCGAGGGCGAGAGCUCGACGGCGCUCAGAGAGGCUGUGGCCCUCGGCGAGCAGGUGGCGGCUGUGGUGGCGCGUGGUCAGGUGCACGACGACGACGAUGAUGACCACGACCACGACGAGCACACCGACUACUCGGCCUGGCCAUACCAGGAUGGCCAGUCCCUCCUAGAGGCCGUGGGUGGCGCCAUGGGAGUGGAGGUCGGAGUUGGAGUGGAUCGUGGCGGCCUGGACGACGUGACCAGGGUCCUGCAGCAGCAGGCAGAGGGUGUCUUGGCCCAAGGCGACGAUGAGAUGCGCGGCGUCUUCUCCCUCGCAGACGUCAGCGGGCACGAGUAG